AGAAGAUCAGAACUGUAAGACAAGAUGGCAACUUGCCCUGAUGGCAAGAGUUCAUGGCCAGAGCUGGUGGGCGUACAUGGAGAGGCAGCAGCAGCAAUUAUUGAGAGGGAGAAUCUGAAAGUGAAGGCAGGCAUUGUGAAAGAAGGAACACUGGUGACCACUGAUUUCCGUUGUGACAGGGUUCGUGUAUGGGUUGAUAGCUAUGGCAUCGUGAGCAUGGUGCCUAAAAUUGGUUAGGAGGCAUCACCAGGGCUUGAUCAAGAAUGCAUGGGUUUUAAUACCUUUUCAGAGAAAUAAAUAUAUUUUUCAUGUUGGAUAUCAUGCUUUGCCAGUCAAUCUAUUAAGCUGUGUGGGAUGUGUCCUAUACCAUAUAAUAAAAUAAGUAGUCGAUUCCCUUA